UGGUUUUUAAUUGUACAUUUUACAGCUUAAGUAUUUGACUAUGUGAACGGUUUGAAACUUUCUUUAAGUCUCUAAACAGAUUUGCUUUCUGAUAUUGUUGUUUCAUUAUCAAAUGCUGAUAUUAGUUUCUUCAAUCUAGGCAUAACUUCAACCUUAUAAUCUUUACGUUGGGCUCUGUUAAAAAAAUAUAAUUUGAAAAUAAUUUAUUAUACGGAUGGAAAUUCUGAAAAAUUUUUGUCAAUUACCAUCAAGGUCGUUACAUCAGGAUGGAAGAGACUUCAAUUUUAAAAAAAUUUCUUUCGAUCGAAAUCAAGAACGAAUAAUUGCCUAUGACAUCGAAGGAGUUAGUUAUUUAGUAGAAUACAUAAAAAAACAAUGGUUAACUAAAAUUUUGGGUUAUAUCGGAUACCCCACUAUUAUUUCAUUUAAUCCAUUAGAAGAAUCAGAAAUCAUUACAGGAUUCGAUUCUGGGAAAUUAAAGAUUUUUUUACUCUACCCUGACUUAAAAUGUAUUUAUAUAAUUAGUGGUCAUCAAUUUUCUCCAAAAUGGAUAAGUUUCAAUAAUGAAUAUGUUCUAACGACAUCGGAAAGAGAAGUGAUCAUUUGGAACAUUCAGUAUUUUUCUAAAUUUAAUAUUCUUCAAAUAAAAAAUACUUCAGUGAACAUAAAAAAAUCUGCUUUCUUAUACUCUAGUUCAGUUAUUGUAUUGUACGAAAAUAAUGUAUUUGAACUUUGGGAAUCUAAAACGUUUAAUUUGGAAAGAAAAAUUUACUUAAAGAAUUAUGGUUUAAAAAAUGCCAAAGAUUUUAUUACUGCCGAAAAUGGUCAAAUUAUAAUUUUUUAUAGUAUUGAAAAAAUUACUGUAUUUAAUACAAAAUCGUGGAUAUUACAAAUAAGUAAUAUAUUAUUUUAUAAAUCAAAUGGAAUUAAAACCAUUACUAUUGCACCUUUUCUAUCAAAUUAUCGAUACGAAAAUAUAAUUUUAGUAAUCUUUAACAAUGGAAAAUCGACAUUUUUUGAUUUAUUUUCAAUGCAUUUGAUAAAGUCGACAAAUUACAUUUUUACAAACAUUCAAGAUGUGAUUACAUCUGAAAAUAAUCAAUGGAUUGCAUGGAUUCAACGUGAUGGUACAUUAAACAUUAGUAGUUAUUGUCGUUUAAUAGGAAGAAGAAACAAAUCGUGUUUACUUCCAGUGACACAAUUUAAAUCUGAAUUUCACUUGAUCAAUCACCAUUAUCGAUACGUUCAAAACAACAUCAUGACAGUUUUAAAAUAUUCAACACUUAAAUCGAUCUUGAAGGAAUUUAAUAAAUAUCCAAAGCAUUAUAGAGACAUCAUUUGGAUAAAACUUAUGAAACUUCCUGGCAAUCAAAGAGAAUUUUCUAAUUUAUGCACUACUGCAUUCUAUAAAAGUACUGUGACCUUAUUAAAGAAUUGUGAAUCAUCUGACAAAAACUAUGCGACAUCACUUAUUUUACUUCGUGAUUGCCUUCAACAGGUUUUUCCGUACAUUCAUCGGACUCUGUCUCUUAAAAAACUAGUAAACCCAUUUUUAAUGAUUUUUAAAAAUAAUCUUUUGUAUACUUUUGAAGCUAUUUUAACUAUCUUGUUAAAUUUUUGUCAGAAAUGGUUCGAUUAUUACCCAUUUCCACCAUUAAAUAUUCUUAAUAUAAUAGAAAAUAUAUUAAUUGAAAUGGACCCGAAUUUAAUAAGAUUUUAUUAUGAUAAAAAAAUCACAUCACUCCAUUACGCUUGGCCACUCUUAAAAACAUUAAUGAGUGAAGUAUUAGAAGAAAUUGAAUGGCUUACUCUUUGGGACCAUUUAUUGCUUUAUCAAAACUCUUGCUUUCUAAUAAUGUGUGUUGUAGCGUUCAAUAUUUAUUCGAACCAAAAUAUUCUUUCAUUGCAAAAGAAAGAUGAAAUUCAAAAUUUUUUUAGAAAACAAAAUGUUAUAAAAGCUAAACACCUUAUCUCGCUGUCGUUUUAUUUACAUUCUAAAAUAUCAUUGAAAAAUCAUCCGCAUCAAUAUCUCAGAAAGGCUUUUAUUGAGUUAUCUAAUGAAGAAUCAUACCAUAAAAUAUUGGAUGAUGAACGUCCGAAGUUUCUCUUCGAAAAUGAUGAAAUAAUAUAUCAUCAAUCAUUUCAUCGAAAUGUUAACAUGAAUUGA